AUGCUACAUUCCAUCGAGGCAUAUCGUCAGCGGCGGGUCAUUAAGGAUAAGGCGGAGUUUAUUGCUGUUUCAGCCGGCCGGCCUGAUCCUAAACCUCGUUUGUCCAUCGCGCUUGGUAUGCUACACUACGUCCUUGGAAAUAAAGCCAAGGUAACUGAGACGUUCAGAAUUAGUGUGCUCGUUGAUUCCUCUUUUAUUCCCCCUAUCGUGCUGGAAAUCUUGAUCCUGCAUGUCAUUUCAGCCUGCUAUCUACUUCCCCGUACCCUGGAUAAUUUGCCUUAUCUCUACAGUUCAGUGACUUCACUCUGUCACUAG